AUGAAAAUGCAACAACUCGGGGCCAUGCUACUUGCGGCCUCCAGUGCGCUCGCAGCACCUCACGACGAGCCACUCUCGGUCCUCGUAACUCCGACUUCUACUUUCUCUCCCACAGUAGUGAACACUUAUCCUGCAACUUCAUUGCUCGAAGAAAGCACACAAGCAAAGGUACAAAAACCAUCAUGGACUAUCGCGUAUACCCCCGAUUGUAUUGACAAGCCAACUCAGGAAGCAAUGCAUGCAACCACCACUCACAUAGUUGUCACUCCUACCGCAGCUGUAGCGCCUACGCCCAUGCCUGAAGCAAAGAAUGCGGAUUGUCGACGACAAGCAUCUGAUAAUCCGCCACGCGAGCAAGUAAAAGAUACGAGUCCCCUGAUAGAAGCUCUUUCAUCUUCACACCGGCUUCCAAGACGACGGCCAAUGCGCAGACACAGAUCGCAUAUGCAUAUGGCCCGCAGCCCGCCAAAUUCCGGAGAAACAGACCCUCUGAACCAAGGCAGUACUCGAGAUACUACGCGUAUACUAUCAGGACGACAGCCUUCGCACCCACAUGGAUCGCAUACGCAUAUGGCGCACGGCCCUGCAAAUUCCGGACCAAACCCUACGCAUCAAGGCACUACUCGAGAUGAAAACGUUGCUGACAAAACAACUUAUGAGAAGCUUGCUAGGUGGUUGCAUCCUAGCAAGUGCUAUUUCUCUCAUUGUAAAGGAACGAGAUCAGAGAUUGAUCACGCUGAGGAAAAGUGA